AUGGGUGAAAUGGGAUUGUUCCUUGGGCUUGGGCAGAUGGAUGUUGCCAUUGUCUGUUUGAUGGCUGUGAUGCCAUCAACACAUGGACAAAAUUUUAUAAUGGAAAGGCAGAAAUCAGUGAAUACUGUUGCUCCAGCACACUCGGGUGCACCUCCAUGUUCAUUCAUCUGCACUGUGUGUGGGGAUGGGUUCAGUCAGUACAACAAUGUGCUGGCCCACAUGACUGUUCAUGGACCUUUAGAGUCAUUUUCCUUUGAUGGAUCUUCCAAUGGAUUUGAAGUCCCUCGAGAAUAUGUGUUACAAGAAAACGGCACCCUGACUGCUGUAAAUGGCAUAACACAGUCACAUUCUAUGCUGAAACCUGCAUCUCCAGGAGUCUUGCCAUCGCAUUUGCCAUCCCAUGUUAAACCACUGACUGCAACUUUACGGCCACAUCUUCCCCCUUACAGUGAUAUUUCCAGAUCAAGGCCCUCAGACCUGACAUUGGACAAAUCUCAUCAGGGCAAUUGUCGUUGUGAAAUAUGUAAUAGAUCUUUUAACAGCCUGCAGAGUUUACAUCGUCACCAGCAGUAUCGAAACACAGAACGAGGUUACAAGUGUACUCUGUGCUGUAAGAUCUUUGAAGGUAGACAGGAACUGAAGAAACAUCUCCACGACCAUGCCAAUGAAAGUUUUCACUGCUGUGGUCAGUGUGGUAAGCGGUUCCUCAAAGUGGACUCACUAAUUGCUCAUCAAAAAGAAAUCCAUUCAUCCCUCAGUGUUACAGCUGUGGGUAAGUUGGAGAAUAAGCGAGAAAAAAAGAGUGAGAAAACAUAUCCUUGUAAAAAGUGCAAGCUGAUUUUUUUCUGGAUGUCAGAUUUUCAAACACAUUCAUUGUAUCAUUGCCAAGGAAAAGAACCUGAUGCUUUUGCAUCUGAAAUUGAAGUUGAAGUAAACUCUAAAACCCUGGAAGACAGUCCACUUGAAAACUGCCACAACAAUGGCACAUCCAUUGAUCUUGAAAAUGAGGACUGUAAAAUAUUUGGGGAUACCAGUAACAAUAUCAAUGAAGAAUACUCUUUCACACCAUACAGAUGUGGUUUAUGUGGCGAUCGUUUCCAAAAGUUAACGGCUCUAAAGGAUCAUCAUCUCACCCAUCAAACGCAGGAGGAAAUCGAUCGGUUGACUCAAGAAUCACAAAAACAGUUAAAACGAAAGGUGCCAACUAAAGGCAAACGUAGAAGGGGGAGUAAUCCAAAUGGCAAGCUGCAUCCUUGCAAGCAUUGUCACCGUGUCUUUAAUCACUCCAGUAGUUUAUCUCGGCAUAUGAGGUACCAUAAGGGUACCAUGCACACAUGUUCAUUUUGUGGUAGACAUUUCCCACAACGUUGCGAUUUGAGAAGGCACGUUGCCAUGUACCACAAAGCUGAGGUAGAAAAGAAACCAGGAUUGAAACUCUUGUACGCAGCUCCACAAAAAGGGUCUACUCCCAAUUCUCUUAAUGGUGAGAAAACCCCAGUAUCUCCAGAUGAUAAAAAUAAGAGCUCAUCUGACACUGAGCAAAACACGUCACCAGAGCAGACCCCACAGGAGAAGCAGUCAGGGAAAGCAGGGCGAGUUAAUUAUAAGUGCCAGGAAUGUGGGAAACGUUUUGGGCUGUUGUGUGUAUACCAACGGCACUUGCGUUAUCACAAAAAGGAACCAAGUAAAUGCCCCCAAUGUCCUGCUCAGUUUACAAAUUCUUCAUCACUUGUGCUUCACCUUCAAACUCACCCUUGCAAUGAAGAAAUAGAUGAUGAUGGACAAACUUCUCUAUACAGUGGCACCAAUAGGGAUCCUGUCCUAGAAAAGAGUAAUGCAGAGGACAUAGAGGAAGAUUAUAUGGACCAUAGUCAAAAUGAUAAAGGAAAUUCUUCAGAAGUUCUUUAUGAAUGUACUGAGUGCACUGAAACAUUUUCAUGCUUGGAGACAUUCCUUCAGCACCAGACUUCUCAUGGCUCAGAAAACAGAGGAUAAAUAGGACAAUAGAUCCCAAAAGUCAUGCUCUCUGGACUUGUUUUAAACUCAUUUCAAUGCAAACAUUUGGAAAAUAAAUGUAUGGGUUAAACUGAAAAAUUGUAAUGGUCUUUUGACAUUUGUAUACAUGUUUUCUCUGAUGAGAAAAAAAGUAUGUCUUUGACAACAAUGGAAGCAGAUAGUAAGGAUUUGGAGUGGAGCAAGUUUGAGGAUUGAUCUCACAAUUACAAAUAUGAACAUAACUCCAGCAUAGUCUGACAUGAGUGAAAAGCAAGCUCAAACAGUAUUCUUCUGGAAGCUAUGUUUGUUAUUAUUUUUAAGGUCCCAACUUGAUUAUGCUGAUGAUGUUUUUGAAAUUGUUUUGUACAACACAUAUGGUUAUUGUCAUUAAUUUUGCUGCAUUUUCAUUUAAUUGCAAAUAUGAUUUUCUUUAAUAUAUUGUAUACAUCUUCCUUUUUAAACAACUCAGUUGUUACUAAGUAGAUUGUUAAUUGUGCCAUUAAAAUUGUACAAAGAAA